GGGAACGUGCGCUUCCAACUUUUUAUUUGGGCUCCUCCGAUGACAAGUUCUCCAGCUGCUGCUUCGACACGUUUAGAGGAAAAAAAACUUCUACAGCUUCACUUAAUUCCCAAUUUACUGAAUCCACUUCCCACAUCUGGACGCAGCUUCCUCCUCCCGGUGCAGACCUGACUCCAUUCAUGCGAGAGACCUCGGUCCACCCCUGACUGUCUCCCAACCUGCGUAAACACACAGAGGUCACACACACAACUGCAGCAGCCUGCGAGACAUUUAACUGGCCUGAGCAUCGGGCAAGAAGUAGCAGACAAGUUCGCAGAAGGGGCCGCCAUGUUGAUCAUCUUAGCCUUCAUCAUCCUCUUCCAUCUGGCUGCAGCCAUCCUGGUCUUUGUUGCAACCAUUCACAAUGCGUGGUGGGUGGUGUCGCCAGCUGGACGAGACCUGAUCUACACUGACCUGUGGUACUCCUGCAACGCCACCUGCUUCCCCGUGGAGAACAGCCACACGACUGAUGCAGCCUACCUGCAGGCCGUCCAGGCCACCAUGAUCCUGAGCACCAUUUUAUGUUGCGUCAGCUUCUUCGUCUUCAUUCUUCAGCUCUUUAGGAUCAAACAGGGGGAGAGGUUCAUCUUCACAGCUGUUAUCCAACUUCUGGCCUCUCUAUGUGUGAUGAUCGCUGCGUCCAUCUACACAGCUCAGAAAAAGACCUUUCACGUGCCAAGUCUUCAGGACGGCUCAUACGGCUCCUCUUACAUCCUGGCCUGGAUCAGCUUCCCCAUGACCCUCAUCAGCGGCAUCAUGUACCUGGUGCUCAGGAAGCGCAAAUAAGACGGGACGGGCCUGCACGCAACGUCUCGCAAAUUACUAAAAUGUAGAAAUAGGGACACUUGGACGAAAAUACAUAAAAGACAUAUACAUUUCCUCAACAUACCUUCACACGCUCUCUGUCAAGUCUCAGGUUCAGAGCCGGAUGUACUUCUUUCCACUUUACACACUCACAACCCCAAACAUUCACACACCCUCCUCCUCUCUGAUGCUGCGUUGUUCUCACUGAACGUGGCAAAGAAGCAUUAGGACUCCGCAGACUCCCAGUAUACAUUGAUCUGCCUUAUUAUCUAUAUAUCUCCAAACAAGUGCCUCAGAAGUUUGGCUGACAGUCGACAAACCCUCUGUCUUUGUUUGUGUGUUUUCAUGCACGACAGCCACCGCAACAUGUGCCUUUAACCGUUUAAAUCAAGACAGAUUCACAUGGAUUUUUAAUGUCCGGUUUGAAAGAGUUAUCUGACUUUUUCCUGCCUGGUUCACAGCACUUGAUAGGUUCAUUUGCAUAAAGCCGAGGUCAAAUCUACUGGAUGCAAAUGGUAACCACUCACUUAUAUCUCAACACACAGAGUAGAUAUUCACGUGUCCAGCUGAGAUUUGGUCAGAAAUAGAGCGUGGAUACUUGACCCCAGCCCGUUGGGAUCUCUCGGGACCCGUCAGGACCCGUCGGGCUGGGUUUCGAGUUAAUUCUUUACACUUUCCCCUUUAGCCAAUACACAUGGAAUGAGCUCUGUUCCAACACGUUGAUUUGUCUCCCACGCGUGUCUCAUUAAAAUGUCUGAUAAAAAGGAUAUAGAUUAAAGAUGAAAAGUGGGAAGGUUUGCCUCACAGGGACACAACCCCUGGACUUUCCAAAGGGUCCAUGCUUUUUUCUUUUUGUGAAGCUAUAUAUAAGCUUUAUUUUGUACAUAAUGUGUUUUUGCUGUGUAUGUAUAGUUCAGGCAUUUGCCAAAAAACUAUUUCUGGGACUGAACUGUAGUCUGCAUAUGUGUGUAUUCAAGAAAAGAAAUAUAGGAAGUGUAGUGACGCAGUAGUGGAGGUAUAAUAUGUAGGAUUUUAACCCUUUUUAUGUAAUCUUAUGUUACUGACUGGUGUUUUAUUGGUGACAGAGGAGCCGAUGAUGUUGCUGUGAUAUUUGGAAUUUAAAAAAUGACAAAAUAGAAACAUGCAAACUUGAAAUAAGAACGAACAUCUAUUUGUUUUUUAACAGCUCCACUGAAAAGAGACAAACACUAUUUAUUGUUUGAAACCACUGUUGGAUUUUUAGCAUGUGACAGAGGAUGUAUGAAGUAAGAAAGUUUUCCCUCUCUGGCCGAUCUACUGUUUAUUUUGGUCCAUUGCUUAAACAUCUCCAGCAUCAGUAUGGACGUAUGAUCCUGCACAUUGAUGAUGAUGAUAUAUUCAUUGCUGUACUCUGCUCUCGUAAUUAUGUCUUGCCAAGGUAUUUUUGCAGUAUAGAGAUAAUGUUUGAUCCCACAGCAGUAACCUUGUAGCUGCUAUAGGACCAGAAUGAUAUGUGGGAAACAGAUAAACAAACACAAAGGGUCAGUCGUGCACCAGGUUGUUAGAAAUGUUCUUGUUGGACAAACUUUGGACCACAGAGCCUGGUCACAUACCAGCUCACCAAAAACAAAGAUUCAGGGAAGAGAAACGGAAGUGAAGAAUUUGCUCUGCUAUCUUGAGGUGAUACUUGAAAUCGAUCAAAACAACAUCUUGGAGGCCAGGAUUAUGAUUUUCAUUGUUGUUCAUAGCUUUUUGUGACAUCUUAAAAGUGUUAAACUAAAUCGUCAGCCUCCUGUUUGCAUGCAAAUCCCUUCUUUAACUUAUACUGAGAACUAAGUUGUUGUUGUUCCAUAGGCUGAAUAUUUUUUGUGAAAUACAGUUUGUUAUUGAUUAUGUAAAGUUUGCAUCUAUUUAGCUUGGAUUUGAUUUUAUAACCGAUCUAAAUUAUGAAUAAACCAACAACUUGAACAUAAAUUCUGUGCGUUCACUGUUGCCGAUAUUCAACAGAAACCACAGCAAUCUGUCUUAAGAGGUUGAUUUGUUAGAGCUAGUAUUGAUUUAGAAUUGGAAAUGUUGUAUGUUAUGGUUGUGAUACUUUUACUGUAGUGUGUUUAGUUUGUCAAUGGAGAUCAAUGCAGAUCUAUACAAAUAACUACAAGGCCAUAGUCAUACAACUUGUGGAAGUCAAAAUUAUAUUAAUGGGGAUUUGUUGCAGUUGAAUAAUUUCGAUUGCUUAAUGAAGUCUCAUGUUGUUUUAUAAUGGAGACAUGUUGGUCAACAGUUUCCCUCUUGGCAACGGAUUCACACAAACGUCUUUCUUUGUCAGAUGUGACACAGGUUUAUUUAACAUUGUUAAAUGUGAGUGAAUUUGCUUGUGACAGUCGCUCUCUCUCUUUCAUUCUAAUUCAAUCACUAUUUAUUGUGGCCUCUAUGGCAAAAUCAGUGGUUAGAUGCUAUUGACACCCAGUGGACUGACAGAAAACUACACCAUAUGUGUCGCUGCAGGCCACAGAUCAGACAGAAAAGAACAAGCUAGUCUCUGCUCGGUGAAUCCUGUUGCCCUCCUCA